GCCAUACUCAUCAGACCUAGCCCCAAGUGACUACCACAUGUUUGGGCCACUCAAAGAGGCGAUGGGAGGAAAGAAGUUCAGUUCUGAUGAAGAGAACUUUCUCGCUUACUUGUGUUGGAAUGGCAGAAGGAACUUCAACGCAGAAAGCACGUAGGUGUGUAAGGGAGGCAAACCAGGAAGCCAAACAGAAAAACCAUAAGGAGACAGUAAAACUGUAUGAAGAUGCUGCAGAAAGCUAUGACCUUGAAGAGAAAUAUGAAGCUCAAAGGGCGAGACCAAACCAGGGCAUCAGGACCAAGUUUAAUGUUUAUUGGGAUAUAGGAAAGAAAUGGAACGCAUACAUAACAAAGGGUAAAGGGAAGAAACCACCGAAGGCUGGAGAAAGUGGUUCAAAGAAUAAUUACGAAAAGAAGUUAGAGACCGAGCUGGAGAAAGCCAUAAUGGUAGCAGAUGUGGCUGGGCUGGAAGGAGCUAAGAAAGUUCCCAUAAAGUUUCCACAUGUGUUCACUGGAAAACAAAAACCUUGGAAAGGAAUAUUACUUUUUGGGGACAAGGAGUCAAACCAAAGUUGCAGCCGUUCUCAAGAUGACGACAGGUACACGUGCACCGAAGCAUCGGUCCCCCUGAAAGAGCUGAGAGAGGAGAACCUCUUGUGUGACGCGGUGUUGAGGUUGGAGGACGGCGGCGUCUUUCCAGUCCACAGAGUGAUUCUGUCGAUGCGCAGCGAAUAUUUCAGGAACCUUUUCACGACAACGCUGCACGCCAGUGAGGAGACUGAUACUAUCCUCCACGGGGUCAGCUCAGACGUGAUGACCCAAAUACUGAAUUACGUUUAUUUUCGGGCGGUGGACAUCCACUCCGAUAACGCGUGUCAGCUGCUCGUGACGGCUGACUACUUGUGUAUACCAGGCGUUAAAGAACUCUGCUGCGACUUCCUGAAGGACGCGAUGGACGUCGGCAACUGUAUCGACAUCAUGCACUUCGCAAGGUCUCACUUCUGCGUCGACCUCGAGACUUGCGCUUUCCGCUUCGUUUUGCGCCACUUCCUGGAAGUGUCUCAGCAGAGCGAAGAACUGAUGGAACUGUCUGCAGAGGAUCUGCAUGCGAUAAUCGGGUCCAGGGAGCUGAACGUGAAGGACGAGAGAGUUGUGUGGGAGUGCGUUCUCCAGUGGAUCAACCACGACCCCAACAACAGGAAAGGUCACAUCGCGGGAUUUUUGAAGGGUGUCAGAUUGGGACUACUUGACGCAAAGUUUUUCAAGGAGAAGGUCAGUAUGCCCCCAAAAUCGAGGAUAUUUUAA